GUCUUUGGGCGCGACUCGAUUUUCUUCGCGCCUGAAUCUGUCUUUCUUUUUCUUUCUCUUUCUCCUUCUCUCUGUUCCCCUUUUUCUCUUUUUCUCUCCGAUUGAAUCCUUUUUUCACCCUUUCUUUCGUUAUAUGAUAACGAUUUCUCUCUCCGUUCUUUGUCGUUUUUUUAUUGACACGUCAGAUGAUUCUAGAAUAAAUAAGUUACCUCUUGAUACCCGCUUCUAGAUGCUAAUAAAUUACAGUAAGAGUGACUACUCGAGAAACACUUCACACUUAAUCGUUAGAAAUUCACUAGUGUCAAGGUUAAUGGUGAAUAAAUAUUAUUUAUGGAUCAUAUUGAUAAUGAUAAUGAAAGGAGCAUUAACACACCGUGCGGCAUGCUGUGCUAUUAAUUUACGCGGAGCUUUCGAAAAGCCUUGAGGCUGAACGCCGUGCCUCUUUUCUGUUGUAUGAAAUCACGCUAUUUCCACGGAGUAACUAUUAUAUGAAAAUUACAUGCUAAAAUUAAUCAUGGAUAAUUACCAAGGGACAAGCACAUAGAUAAAAGAUCUAAUGAAAAAAUAAAAAGAAUUAUAGGGGAAACUUGCGCUUUCUCGACAUAAUCUCGCUUUGAUCCUACAGAUGAUGAAGAUAUGCAAAAUGAGUGGAGUAAUGGUUAAAAACAUUAAAACACAUUUUACAAAUGAUACAUAUGAAAAGAAAUUUGGGUUAAAGUGUUCCAAAGAUUGGAAAAUUUAUGAAUUGUUAAAUAUUCCAGGACUUAUUUUCAUUAAAAAUCCAUUUACGACAAGUGGUCAUCAUUAUUGGAUCAUAAAAUGUUUGAAGGAUUAUUCGAGGAAACCAAAUAAAUUAAAUUUAGAUGCUCAUAAUAUUUUAACUGAUGAAACUUGGUGGGACAUAUGUUUCAGGUCCAAUAAUAAUAAUAGAGCAGAAAGUUUACUCCCAAAGUUAAGAUGGGCAACACUGGGAUACCAUCACGAUUGGGAUACAAAAGUAUAUUCUGAAAAUUCUAAAACACCUAUGCCUAUUGAACUUAUUGAAUUAACACAGUUUCUGGCUAGGGUAUUAAAUUUUCCGGAAUUUAAAGCAGAAGCAGCUAUUAUCAAUUAUUAUCGAAUGAAUUCUACGUUAGCAGGACAUACUGAUUGUUCUGAACCAAACGUAGAAGCACCGCUUUUUUCCAUUAGUUUUGGACAGACUGCUAUAUUUUUGAUAGGUGGUCUUUCGCAAGAAGAUCCUGCAGAUGCUUUAUUUUUACGAAGCGGUGACAUAAUAGUAAUGACUGGUAAAUCGCGUUUAAGAUAUCAUGGAAUACCUAAAAUUUUAUCAUCCCAAUUAGUUCCUUGGGAUAUGGAUGAAACAGAGACUAAUGAAAAUGACUGGAUUCAUGCCAAAAAAUACAUAUCUAAAGCUAGAAUAAAUAUAAACGUAAGACAAGUAUUAAAAGCUAGCCAAUUGACUUUAUCUUAAAUUAUAAUAGCAAAUGUUAUACAGUGAUGUAAAAAAGUUUAUACGAAACUAUGUAUUUGUUUUACCUCUUAAACAUAGCUAUUAUCGUAAUAAAAACUUAAUUUAAAGUUAUUCAAUAAAAACUUAUGUAAUAUAUUAUUUUAAGUCGCUGUCUUUGUCUUGUUCUAUUACAUUAUGAUAAAAAAUAACAGAAAUAUUUAAAAAAUCCCAUGCUAUUGUUGCCAUUCGUGUUAAAAAAUAUUGAGACUUUUUUGUAUGGUCUUGCUUUGAAUUUACCGAUUCACUAGCAUCUGCAUAAAUACGAAUAUUUGGAAGGCAUGAUGAAGAAACACUUGAAGUUAAAUAUGGUUUGAGUAUUAUAUUAGUAGCAUCAUGUAUUGCUGUGUUCAAAAUAAAAUUUUUUGAAAUAUCUGGAG